UGACGCGUGACGUGUGCACUCACGCGCGCGCUCGCGCCCCGUGGUUUUUCAAAAAAAAGUCCCCCAACGGACACCCUCCCCCGUCCCCCUCCCCUCCCCCACACAGCGAUUCUUUACCUCAGAGAGGCGGCGGUAGCGGCCUGGCUGGCACACUAUGAAGUCGACUCUGAGAACAGAACACAGCUCAAGCAGUGAAGCCCGGGUUUAAAAUGCGUCUCCUGCUCAGCAGCCUUCCGCUGCGAUGUAUUUGAAGAAAAAUCGAAGUAACUCGAUAAACGGGAUCGGAAAGCAAGACAAUGAAUCAAAAAGAAAGCGAAAGGUAGCAGAAAUCUUCCAAGCUUUAAACAGCUCUCCUGUGGAUGUAGCUGCAUUGAGGAGAAUGGCAAUCAGUGAAGGUGGUCUUCUGACAGAUGAAAUUCGUUGCAAAGUGUGGCCAAAGCUACUUAAUAUAAACACGCAUGAACUACCAUCCAAACCAGGACCAGAACUCCGACAGAACAACAAAGACUAUCAGCAGGUGUUACUGGACGUCCAGCGAUCAUUGCGUCGCUUUCCACCUGGGAUGCCAGAUGCAAAGCGAAAAGAACUUCAAGAAGAGUUGAUCGAUAGCAUUCUGGAGGUACUGAAGAAAAAUCCCCAGCUUCACUAUUACCAAGGUUACCAUGACAUAGUGGUCACCUUCCUUCUGGUUGUAGGUGAGCGAAUGGCAACAGCUCUAGUGGAAAAGCUCUCCACACAUCAUCUCAGGGAUUUUAUGGACCCAACAAUGGACAACACAAAACACAUUUUAAAUUACCUUAUGCCAAUAAUUGAGAAAGUAAAUCCAGAAGUACAUGACUUCAUGCAAAGAGCGGACGUUGGUACUAUCUUCGCUUUGAGUUGGCUCAUAACUUGGUUUGGUCACGUGCUUUCAGACUUCCGGCAUGUGGUUCGGUUGUAUGACUUCUUCCUGGCAUGUCAUCCACUAAUGCCCAUUUAUUUUGCUGCCGUGAUUGUGCUGUACCGCGGAAAUGAGGUCCUGGAGAGUGAAUGUGACAUGGCUGCUGUUCACCAUCUGCUUUCCCAGAUCCCCCAGGACUUGCCAUAUGAGACCCUAAUAAGCCGUGCUGGAGACCUUUUUGUCCAGUUUCCUCCAUCCGAGCUUUCCAGGGAGGUUGCCCAGAAAGAGAGCACCGCUGUCUCAACUUUCAAGGAUUUUGAACUGGUGUCAGCCCAGCAGCGUCCUGAUGCAGUACUCCGGAGGAGGUUCAGAGAACGGCUCCAACAAGAACCAAGAGCAAGAACGAUUGUGGCAAUAACAGGGACCAGGAGGUUGAUAAAACUGGCAGUGAUGGGGCUGACUGUGGCCUUGGGGGCAGCAGCCUAUGCAGUGGUCAAUACUGCACUGGAGUGGGCACCAAAGUUUGAACUACAACUGUUUCCUUGAAGGAAAAACAUUUUUAGCCACUUUACAAAUCACCAACUACAUAAUGGGGCUGGGGCACAGUACUUUUCUUUGUCAUUGCCUUUUAUUUUUAAUUUAAAGUGUGUCAUUAAAGACUGCAAGCUGGAUAGUGUAUAUACUCAGUUAAAGUUAAGAUUGGGUUGAGCACAAGUGUUUUGACUGCCAUUUUGUGAAAUAUUAGCACCAAACAAAGCUGCAAUAUAUUGCAGAAUGUCCAUUUUGUUAUCAGUUUUCAAAAAAAAACCUGGGGAAAUGACCAGUUUAGAAAUAUGUUGAGUUCCCACAUGAUCCGAUGCCAACCUCACCUAUAUUAUCUAGGCAAGAAGUGAAUGUAUUUUGAUUAGAAAAAUUGGAAAGGUCAACUGCCAAAGUUUAUUAGUUUCUGAGAAAGGUCAUCACUGAGCUAUUUGGGGCUUGGCAGAAUUAAAUUGUCUGCUCUCUCAAAUAGACAAUUCAUGCUGAACCAAUUAAACAGUCUAUUUCAUUUGUGAUAGUUGGCAAUAUUGUCCUGUUUGUGUUUUUUUUUUAAACCUAAUUUUGGGACAGUUGUGUUAUUAUGCAGCUUGCUGAACCCUCUUCUAGAAGAUCAGGCCCUAAUCCUAGUUAAAUGACAGCAGACAAAGUUCCAUCUCCAGGGUUGAUGAAAACAUAAGUUUGACAUUCUCCUUGCAUAGUUGGCAAGGCAUCAUUUGUUCAUGUGGUGGUAAAUAUGGCUGAUUUCAUUUCUGAUUUCCAUGGAAUUAACUAAUUCCAGUUAGAUUGACAGCAGUGGAGUAGUACUGUUAGCUACUUGAGAAUCUGGACUGCAGUUCCUGCUGCACAACAUUGUGCAAUGAUGACUGCUGGAAAAUGUGGCGUUGCAAUUGGAAAGAAUCAGGCUUAGCUGAGCUACCUUCUCUUACUUGAAUGGAAUGCUAACAUUCACCAAUUAAUAAAGAAUAAUCACUUUGGUUAUUACCUCUGUGUUGCACUGCAGCAAGAACCAACAUCUUGCAAAAUAGUUUAUCUUAUUUUAAGUAGCUUAUCCCUUUAUAGAAUCAAAUGACAGAAUGAGAGCUCCAAUCUGAAACUUAGCUCCACCAUUUUGAAGUGUAGCAAAUAGAAGUAUUUUGGUCCAAUCGGGGAGCAAUUCAAGUUUUGGGUUUCAGCCAUCGUGUGGACAAGACAUCAUCAACAAAAAUGGCAAGCUGAUAGGCCAAGUGUUUUAUUAAUGCACCUUAGCUACAAGCAGCUUAUCAGAAGUGUUUUAAAUUGUUACAUAUUGCAUCCUUAAUAUUGGUGUGUCAAUCACACUAACCUCAGUACAAGGCUUCUUACUUUGUAAAGCUAACUCUUCUUAGGCUAUAUGACUUGAGACUCUGGUAUGAAGAAAUAAUGUCUUGAUGUACUGUUAGUCUUGACAUGCAAUACACAGAUCUUUAAACUUGAUGCCUGUUUUUCUCAGUUACAAGAUUUAUUUAUAGUCUUGUAAAGCACCCAAUCGCUUGUAGAACUGACAUUUGUGCUUUUGUACUUGUUUUAAUUCUUUUUCAUGUUUUCUUCCUGCUCUUCUCAUUGUUGCGCAUAUGGCACCUUUUGAUGGGAGCCUCAGCGAUGUGGAUCUUGACAUUCUCAUUAGGAGCAAGUGACUGUGUUAUGAGUUGCUUUUUCCUUCAAAUGCUGGUCAUUCCUGAGUUCCUUGACCGAGACAGGCAACUGGGAGGAACCUGAUUGCUGUUAUUCGAUGCAUAAAUGAGAAACCAGUAAGCCAUGAUGCUAGUGUAACUUUUCCAUUUGGUAGCCCUCUCUUUCUGGUCCUUGAUUUCACAAUGAAGAGCAAAAUUCAUAGUUAAUAAUUUAGCACAAUGUUUUGUUGGGUCAGUGUUCACUUGUUUUCCAGAUGUAUUCUGAAUUGGAUUAUUGUUUUGGUUUGUGAUUAGUUUAUGCCAGUUCAAGAAAAGAUUGCCACUACUGAAGAAUUUCUUAACUGUGUUUAAAUUGUAAAUUUUCCAAAUAGAAAAGACCACUAGGUGAAUAGAUGUGUCCCUUUCUACAUAAAUCAGUGAGUUGACUUAAGCUUUUGAUCUCUUCACCCUGAUGAUUAAAUCAAUUUCUCUCACUCGCACCCUCGCCCACCCUUGUGGUAUGCUCUCAC